AUGACUCUCUCUGAUAUCCGGACACAGGAUUUUGUCGGGUGUCAUCAGGGUGGAGUAAGUAUGAGUAAAGAUAAUAAUGUCGUCGAUAACAGUGGUUCACUUUCUCAUUGGACUGAACUUAAUAACUGUACGGGCGUCGAGAGAGAGGCUGGCAGUCGUAGAAGUUAUAAUUUAACAAAGGAGAUUGCAGAUGAAUGUAUUGAUAAUCGAAGUAUUACGGAGCCGGCAAAGAAUCAUCUAUCACACGAAGUAAAGGAGGAGGAGGAAGACGAAGAAGAAGAAGAGGAGGAGGAGGAGGCAACUGACACCGCCCCGAUUUUAGCCUGCACACGUGUGAUAACCCCACAUCGCUUUCAUACAAAGGCCACUUCCAAGGCAAGGACUAACAAUAAAAAUAAAAUAACACCCCGUGGUAGUGGGUGCGAAAGUAUUAACAAGACAAGGGGAAGGAUUUCCGAUCCAAGAACAGACACGGCCUUUUCACGCAACAAUAAAUGUAGAAAUUAUAAAAACAGUUGCACAACAGGUGACUGUGUUGGUGGCGACCCGAAAGACUGCGACGGGUCCCAUACCAACUGUUUCCAUCCUUCUCCUCCGCCUCUUAUUAGCCAUCACAAAACCCCCCACAAUCUCCACCACUGCUGUCUAGACGAAUCCCAAGGUCUCUUUUCUACGGAAGUGUUUGCUGCCGCCGAUGUAUGCUUCGUUAAAAACAAUCAAGUCGUGUCCCAAGGACCAAAUCUUAACUUUGGCAUCGCUGCUGCCGCAGGUAACACCCACAAUCAUGCACGCGAGAGUUUGCACAACGGGUCGGCCUCCUCUUCACUUGUAAACCCGGUAUCUUCUUCUUUGUCGACGUCUUUCUUUAACCCAACCACUAACCCGACCUCUUGCGCUGUCACGUCUUCAAAUGUGGAAGAUUUUGAUGAGGGUGGUGAAGGUGGGUUGAGAAGUGGAGUAGGAGAAGGUGGUCCGUUGACAAACCCUGUGGGUAGAAGAGGUCCAACGACGACCACGUGCUCAUUCACAUCAUUGUCGUCUGCUUCUGGAGCUGGGUGUGCAAAUACCUCAUCUUCUUUGCCGGCCUGGUCAUCUCCUCACGCUAUGGGUGAACACUGCCACCCUGCUCAGGCCAGCACUACUCAGGUGGACAAAUUAGCACGGAACCAGCUUAUAGCCGUAUCCGCAUUGUGUUGCAUCUUUAUGACAUGCGAAAUUGUGGGUAAGUAA